AGCGGGACAAUGAUGAUCUUCAGGCAGGUGUCGCUGGGCACCAAGGUGGGCUUGGCUGCUGUCAUUGUCUUCCUAUCCAUGGUCGUCUCCCGCGCCUUUCUGGCACACAACCUGGAGCUCAAGGCCUGGCGGAUGCUCUUCCGCCUGCAGCUUGUCCUGUUUGCUAACUCAUUGCUGCUCGUUGGCUCUCUGUACAUCUGGCGUAGCUUAGUGAGCAGUCUCGGCUCAUUCCCGGGCGCCGGCUCCACCUGUUUCCAGCUUUGGAAGCUGACUGUCAUGGCAUUCCUGGGCCUGACUCAUUCCAGCUUCUUCACCAUGUUGUUCCUGGUGGCUGAGGAGCCACAUCCUUUGUCCCUGGCUGCCUACUCCUGCCUGGGCGCGUACGUCUUCAUGCUGUUCUUCCUUGUCAUCUUCAGCGGCGUGGAGCAGGCCUACCAGCUCCUGGCCUGGCACUGCGGCCGGGUCCAGAGCAGCCCAGACAAGAUGAGGAGGCUGGCACUCAGGCCCGUGCUGACCGUGACGUUCACUGCUGUGCUCAGCGUAGUCGGGCUUCUAAACGCUGCCCAGCCGCCGGCUGUGAGAACCGUGGAGGUGCCCAUGCCUUCGCUGCCUGCCUCCAUGAACAAUCUCAAGGUGGUGCUUCUUUCGGACAUCCACCUGGGCCCCACAGUGGGCAGGACCAAGAUGGAGAUGUUUGUGCGCAUGGUGAACACACUGCAGCCCGACGUCACGGUGAUCGUGGGUGACCUGUCCGACUCGGAAGCCUCGUCCCUGCGGUCGGCAGUGGCUCCCCUGGGCCAGCUCCGUUCCCGCCUCGGCACCUACUUCGUCACGGGCAACCACGAUUACUACACACUGGACGUCAGCAACUGGUUUGCUGUGCUGGGAGCCCUGCACGUAAGGCCCCUGCAUAAUGAACAUGUGAAGAUCUCAGCCAUCGGAACCUACCCUGCUGGGGAGCGUGGAGCAGGACAAGACUGGAUUUGCCUGGCUGGCGUGGAUGAUAUCGAAGCAGAUAUCCUGCACUAUUCCGACCACGGCAUGGAUCUGCACAAGGCCCUGGAAGGCUGCAGCCCGGACCACACCACUAUCUUACUGGCUCACCAGCCCCUGGCAGCCAAGAGGGCCCUCCAGGAGCGGCCAGAUAUUAACCUGAUCCUGUCUGGGCACACACACGCUGGGCAGAUCUUCCCCUUGAAUGUGCUGGCCUAUCUCCUUAACCCGUUCUUUGUAGGUCUGUACCAAGUGACCCCAGAUACCUUUGUCUAUGUCAGCCCGGGAACAGGUCACUAUGGGAUACCCAUGAGGUUGGGCAGCCGAGCAGAGAUCACAGAGUUCAUCUUACGGCAGACUCCCUGAGCUGGUCCUGCCUUGGCACCCCAGCCCUGGCUGUCUACCUACCCUUCUUCCCAGUGGUUCAUCUGUCUGAUCCCUCCAGCCCCUCCCAGCCAGCUCUGCAGCCAGCCAUGCGGACAUACACCUGACUCAGCGAUUGGGGGUGAGGUGGCCUAGCAGGUUCAGGCUGCUGCAACCCUUUGAUCAGGUCUUUGCCUCUCGGAAUGGGAUGCCAGUGAAGAUACAGCCUAGGGGGCUUCGGGGGGGCCCCAGAGAGCUUUGGCCACCCCGCUGCCUUUUUGUGCAACACUGCUUGAGUUGGAUAAUUAGCUGCUUUUCACUGCUUUUUGGUGAGGAAGCUGAGGCCAGGCGAGGAAGGGCACAGGUGAUCUGAGGAGGGACGUAGGAGGUUUGGGAGCCAGAGGUCAGUCUGUCUGCUCCCCGUGAGGUCUUCCCACAGCCUGUUGACUAAGUAACUGGAUGGAUUACAGGUGAGCCAGGGAUUCACAUGCAGUUGAGGCUGAUUCUGUUUGCACACAGGUGCUCAGAGCAGAACCUGGAGUGCAGGACAUCCGGCAUGUUUGAAGAAGGGUCAGGAAACUGGAGCACCCGUCUCCCACCCCUUCUCAGGUUGAGGUCUGGCUUUCUGUUGGAAGCAGAGGUUGACUGUCCAGCCGUGGAGACUGGCAGUGAUCUGUGCCCAAGGUGGAACUUUGCAAGCUUCCUGCGCAGGGCCAGCUGUGCAAGGUGGGGUUGUCCUUCCCGUUGGUGCUUGGCCACCUGCUGACCUCAAGGAGCCUAGUGUGAAGGGAGCUGAGCCUUGUUAUCCCAGCCCUUGCCCGUGAUACGCCAUUAGCCUUAAGGUGGGAAUCAGUAUUGCAGCUUCCUAAGACGUGGUGCUGAGGCCCACAGGAAGCCUUGCUUAUGUCACACUGGGGCUCGUGAAAGGACCUUGUGGGCAACCCUCGUUCCUGCUGCAGGGGCAGCCACAUUAGCACGCCAGCAGCUGCUCCUGAGAGUGGCCUCGCUCUGCCUGUGUCGGUAACCCAGGCCUGGAAGAGCUGACAUUGGCCUUCUGAACCUGUGGACCACCACCUCUUGUUCCAGGCAGCCUGGUGUGUGCAGUGCGGUAUCUGGGGAGUGUCUUUGAGUUCAGAUCUUGGGAGCUUUCUCAUUGUUCCCCCUCCUGUAGAAUUUCAGGGCGAGGAAUGGGGUUGAGAGCCUUUCUCUUAACACAUUUUGCAGGAUUGAAGGGGCAGGGGGCUGAAGAGCCCCACCCCGGUGGGCGGCCUUGGGCUCCUUUCUCCAGGCCCUGCUCUACCUGCAGCCGCCCGCUAGGGAGGCUGCCCUUCCAAGCUUUGUCACUUCUGCAUCACCCGGCCUGUUGUUUCGGGCGGUGGUUAGUUCCUCUUCAGUGAGUUGGUGCCGUUUCACUUCCACCUUUCUGCAGCAGUUUCUUGAGUCUGAGUCUUCCUCAGUACCCCGAGGUGGAUGCAGUUGGCUCUCCUCGAGCCCUUUUUGUGGCUUGCAUCUUGGUCCCUUCCUCUUGACGCCAUUGUCUUGGGCUCUCACGGUCCCUUUGUCCAGCUUGAAUUCGUUGCUGGGCUGCUUGUCCUUUGGCAGUGGGAGGGAAUCCUGCUCGUACAACCUGCCUUGAUGGACAUUUUCCCAGCAGACAGCUCUCCACUGCUGUCCAGACAUGGGGCCCUUUGUUCUGUUUGGUGUUCUCAGCUCAUCGAACCUCCUUGUUUUAUUUGUGUAUGACUGGAGAAUUUGGUCAAAACUCCAUCCUUUUCCAUUUCGUUUCUGCUCUGUAGUCUUAUACACGCCA